UGUUCCCCCAUAAAUGUGAUCUCAGCUUUCUGUCGUAUCAUCAUGUUUUUAGAGUAAGAUUCUUUGCAAAACUAGCUUAGGCAUACGACAAGAAACCAAACUGCUCGCUCAAUAAUCUUUCACUCAUCCCAUUGUCCCUUUAAUCCCGCCAUUAAACUGAUCCAAGAAAGUCUCUUUAUCUUUCUUAGCUUUCACAAGCAAUCCAAAGCAAAACACACGCAUACACGCUCAUCGCAAAGUCAAUGCACCGACUGCUUUGUGGAUCUGAGUCUUUGGUAGCUCAGCUGCCUUGCAGUGGAUGGUACAGGAGGGAGAACUGGGCUGAUGAAUACUGAGAAAGGACAAAGUGGGAUUUUAGUUAUUUUCCAGAUAGAAUUUGCAGGCAAUCAUUGAUAAAUUUGAAUAGAAAUAUCCAAUAUUAGAAUAUGUACAGAACAUUUGUCACAUGUGAUGAUCCGAAAGGAGUUGUAGAAUGUGGAUCAAUUAGAAAAUCCAAGAGUGCUUCCAAGAGGAUGGAGGAUCAGUUCUACAGUCGUAGAACACAGAAGAACUCAAAAUCAAAUACAUCGUUGGCAUACAAGGAAAAGAAAGAAGAGAUGGUUACUAGGGAGAUUAUAGAAGAUCAUAGUCCAUCUUCAUUUCAGCUCCUGGAGGUAUCCAGAGGAGCUCAGAAGCUGAACCAAUUGAUUGAUUCAUUGUCUAAAGGGCUGAGCUAUGAUGGUCAGCCCAAAGAUAUUGCAAAGGAGUUGUUGAAAGGAGCUCUUGAUCUGCAAGAGUCUCUAACCAUGCUUGGCAAGUUGCAAGAAGCCUCACAAUAUAUGGAUCAGUCGAAGAAAAAGCAGGAGAAACCAGAAAGAAGAAAAUUUGUUGAAGUAGGAAAUGAGAGAACAAAUUCACAUCUACCUGGAGAUCAAAAUCACCAACUGGGAUUUCAAAAACCAAGGCUUUCAGCUGAUGGGUCAUCAAAAGAUUGCAUUGAGGAGCUCAGGAAUGCAAUCAGAGAUGGCUUUGCUAGGCAAAAUUUGUUUAACACAUCUACCCGAGAGAGGACAUAUUUUGAUAGAAGAAAAAUGGAUUCAAUUUCUCAUAUCCCCUCCACUAGCUCAAGCCAAUUGUCAGCGGAACAGUCCAACAGUAUUCAUUCUUCUGACUCAUGUGUAUCACAAACAGCUUUGCAGAAGAAGGGAAAAGGCCCAAAUUUGAUUGCCACGCUAAUGGGUUUGGAAGAUGUCCCCUCAAAGAAAUUGAUGCAACCUCCAGAGAGACAGUUGGAUAUGAAGAUGAAUUUGAAUCAGCGGAGGCCGGUCUUUGACAUUGAAAUGCCAAAGCUAAGGAAGCCUCAACCCACAAUGCACAAAGUAGAUUCAGAGCGAAGGAUGCUGAAGGAGUUACUUGAAACUGUGCAAUUUCAGGGACUCUUGAAAAGCAGUUCUGCCAAAGAACUCAAUUCCCAGUCUCAUCAUUCCAAUGAUAUCCAUUCUAAACAAAGGUUGAUCAAUGAUAUUCCACCAAUUGUACUUAUAAAACCCCUUCGUGUUCCCUGCUUAGAAUCAGAAGAGCCACAUGCACCAGUGGUUUGGGGAGAGGGAGCCUUGAACACAAAAAUGAUGCUGAGGAAAAUGAAAAUAGAAGAAGCGUUUGCUUCCAGAUCAGUAGAUAACAAAGAAGGGAGUUUGAAUGCCAACAAAAUGCACUGCAGAACAGAAGCAGAUGAUAAUCCUACCAAAAGGGUAAUCCAAAAAGGAACAAAGGAUCACAUGGAGGUAGUACGAGAAGAGCAUGAGGUCAGGGCGAUUGAACAGAAACAAUGGGCUGUGAAUGCAAAGAAGGGCCACAGGAAACUGGAAGCAGGAAAGGCUCCAGUGAAGAGAUUUAGCUAUGAAGACAGAGGUAAGGACCACAACAGGGUAGUACCUGCAGUAGAGGAGAAAGAAGUCAAUAAAAAUUUGAAGGAUCCAUCUAUAGUCAAAGACUCUAAUCCUGCAACUGACCAACGACAGAAAAAAGAGUCAACAGAUAAGAAAGUAGAUCAGAUUCAGAAGGUGGUGGCCAGUAGCAGAAAACCAGUAGAGAGGGAAAUUGUGAAGACUAAAAUUGUGUCGAGAUCUCAAGAUCAACCCAAGAUAACCUCUACCAAGCUGAGGAAAUCUGAAAAUGGAUCAGAAACUACAAAUCAUCAUAUUUCACAGCAACACACUACCACUAGAAAAACCAUCUCAAAGCUCACAACACAAACUACAAUUGAUAAUUCUAAGGAUCCGAAGCAGAAGGAAAAGCAAGCCAGUAAGCAUAGAACAGCUAAACCAAUUACUGAAAAUUUAAAAUGCAAAGAACAUGAUGGUAGGAUUGAUCUCAUAUAUAAUGAUCACUCAGAAGAGGAAGGGUCCUCCAUCACACAUGCUGAUCAACUAUCUAUAGAGGAGGAAGCAAAUGAUUCCAAACUUCAAACUGAAGGGCAUUGUGAUGAUAACCAGAGUUCUGUUUCCAGUAUCACUAUGCUUACCACUGAAUAUAGGAAGAAUGCUAAAUCUUCCGAAGAAGCAGAUGAUCAUGUGACUUGCGUUAGAACAGACGACACAAGCUUCAACAGUGCAUACCAAUUGAAAGAUUGGCUUUCAAGCAGUUCAUCAUUCUUAAACCUCACAGAUGAGCUUUUUAAUCUAAAUACGAGUUCUGCUAAGGUCCUACCAACUGCUGGCACAUGCGAUUCAGAAGUAACUGACGCAAAACUCUCUUUAGAUUAUGCGAAUGAGUUUAUUGAACGUAGAAGCCUUCCUGAUUCACAAACAAGGUUUCCUCUAUUAUCUUAUAUGGGAGAUUCAAGAAUUCAACUCUCUCUAGAUAAGUUGGCAGAGGAGGUUUGUAGUGGAGUUGAAACUCUUAGAAGCUACCAAAAGCUUGCUUGUGACUACCUUCUUACUGAUAGUCUGUAUGCAACAUUGGAGAAAGAUAUGAGGUGCAAAGAAGUGGUGAGUGGAAUAUGGGAUUUGGGUUGGAGAAAUGGAUUCUCAGUGGAGGAAGUUGAGCAAGUUUUGAAUGACUUAGAGAAGAUGAUUGUGUGUGAGUUGAUAGAGGAGGUCUUUUCAUGAUUUCUGCUUUAGAAUUUUACAUCUAAGAUUGUAUUUGUACACAGGUUAAGAGGCAGGCAAAACCAAUGUUCUGUAAAAUAGUGACUUUGGUUAAAAAUACAAAACGAAAGAGCUGAGUUUCUUGGCUACCAUCCUGUUAUUACAACCUGUAUGUGGUUAAAGCUUCAUUAUGUCAUUCAAGUCAAGGUAAGAGGACCACAUGAUGUACAUAACUGAGGUCAAAUUUGACUGAUAUGAUUGUUGAAUGAAUUUCUUGGGAACUUUCUUGAA